UGCUGGCAGAUUUACAAGGGCGAGCAGGACCACCAGGUCCCCCUGGACCACCGGGUGAAUCUGUGCAGGGACCUCCUGGACCUCGUGGCCCCCCAGGAUUGCCGGGACCUCCAGGCCCACCAGGGAGACCAGGAUCUUCCAUGUCCACCUCAGAAGCAUUCUUCACAGGCCCACCAGGUCCACCAGGCCCACCAGGCCCGAAGGGAGACCAAGGUGAACGAGGCCCACGAGGAUUCACGGGAGAACCGGGUGAACCUGGCCUUUCAGCAUUCUCCUCCCUUGGUGACAGAGUUACCAUGCAGGGACCUCCAGGCCCACCAGGCCCACCUGGACCCAAAGGUGAUGCAGGUGUCCCAGGUGCUCCUGGCAUUCCAGGAACAUCUCGAGGUGGAUCCAGACAAAUUCAGGGACCCCCAGGACCUCCUGGACCACCCGGUCCUCCUGGCCCAGGUGGAAGUUCACCUCAAGAGAUUCAGCAGUAUGUCACUGACUACCUGAAAAGUGACAAUGUAAGGCAUUAUUUGAUUGGUGCUCAAGGCCCACCAGGCCCUCCAGGCCUGCCUGGAAUCAUCACCACUGCAGAUGGGAUGACCUUGGACUAUGCGGAGCUGGCUACCCGUGUUAUGAGCUAUAUUACAAGCUCUUCAGAUCGCUACCAGUCAUUUGCCAGUUCGGUAUCAACUACAUCCGUUUUGUACCAAGAACUUCUGGACAUGCUGCAGAGAGAAGAAAUUCGUCAGUAUCUAAUUGGACCUCGGGGCCCACCAGGACCUCCUGGACCAGGGGGAGAUGGCAUGUCUCUGUCACUGGAUUAUGAUGAGCUGACCAGACGGUUUAUCAGCUACUUGACAAGUUCUGGGAUGAGCAUUGGGCUCCCUGGACCACCUGGGCCUCCGGGGACACCUGGUAUAUCUUACAGUGACCUGACCGCAUACCUGAGAAACUCUGAAUUCAGUGGUCUUGUUGGGCCCCCUGGCCCUGCAGGGCCCCCAGGACCUCCAGGAAUCCCCGGAUUACCUGGCACCUCUCUGGAGGACAUCUCUGCUUACCUACAAAGUGUGGGAUACUCCUCCCUCUCUGGAGUUCAGGGCCCACCUGGCCCUCCUGGCCCUCCAGGACCACCAGGCUUCUCAGGAACCGGCCUCCUGUCCUAUGCUGACAUCACCAACAGUGACGAGUUCAGGAGCGAGCUGAUCCAGUACCUGAAGAGUGAUGAAGUUCGAAGCUACAUCUCAGGGCCACCUGGCCCCCCUGGGCCACGGGGACCUCCAGGACCCAAAGGAGAUAGUGGUUUGGUGGCUGGGUCUAUGUCUUCAUCAUACCAAGGGUUACGGGCUUCCGAGCGGUUGCAUGGAGGAUCCCUUGGUGCUGAAGGAUCUCGCGGGGGCUCACUGGGCACAGGCAGCUCAUACGGCAGCUCCAGGAGCAGCAUGUCGUCUUACAGUGCCUCAAGGGGCAGCGAUGGCUCUUAUGAUGCCUCCAUGGGCAGUGAUGGGUCUUUCGAUGGGUUGCUGACAGAGGAGGAAUCACACAGGAGAUCAGGAGGUUCAGGCAGAUCCUACAGCAGCUCCUUCACUGGUUCCCUGGAUUACAACGAGCUGGCACGCCACGUGUCAGAAAGCCUACAGAGCCAAGGUAUUCUCCAGGACCUCAUGUCUUACACUGCACAGGGACCCACAGGUCCCCCAGGCCCUCCUGGUCCCCCUGGCAUCAGCAGGGUUUUUGCAGCCUAUGGCAAUGUCACCGAGGACCUCAUGGACUUCUUUAGAACAUACGGUACCAUCCAGGGGCCACCCGGUGAAAAGGGGGAGCGGGGUUAUCCUGGACCUAAAGGUGACCCUGGACCGAUGGGCCCACCAGGACGCCAUGGCAGAGGGGACCAAAAGGAGAGAAAGGAGAGAAAGGUGAGCAAGUGUAUGUUGGCAGAAGGAAAAGAAGAAGUGUUGGGGUUUAAAGAAAGAGCCAGCUGAGUUCUGCACCGGGCAGCGCUCCCAGCAGCCCUUAGAGAAUUAGCCUGA